UAGCUGUUGAAUUGGAUGAACAAUCUUUGACAUAUGCUGAACUGUUUACCUAUGUCCAGAUGUUAGCUGUCCAUCUUCUAGAUCAAUAUGGCAUGAGUUCAGGUGAGGUUAUUUCGCAAUGUGUCGAACGAAGUCUAUCGAUGAUAAUUGGUAUUAUGGGAAUUGAAAUGGCUGGUGGUAUUUAUUGCCCUUUAUCAUUUCGAGAUCCAGAGAAUCGUUUGCAUAUGCUUUUACAACAGACACAAAGUCGUCUUGUUCUUAUCCAUUAUUUAACCAAGACCAAAUUCAAUCAUGAUAUUAUAUCACUCAAUAUUGAUUUAAUAUUAAACGACAUUAAUAUGGAUAGUGAUGUGAAUAACAAAUACCUUUCAAAUGUGAUAGUUAAAGAUGAAGAGAUAGCUUACAUUAUUUUCACUAGUGGUUCAACAGGAACACCUAAAGCGGUUCAAGUCCGACAUAAGAACUUUAUUGAUUGUAUCACUUCUUUGACUUAUAGUAACUCAUUUAAUAAAGAUGAUACAGUUGUACAAAUGACACGAUGUUCAUUUGAUAUUCAUGUUCAAGAGAUACUAGGGGAACCCUUUUCUCUUCCUUUAAUUGGUUUGAUUGUCAAAAUUGGUAUCGCAAACUGUAUUGUAUGGAAUUUGUAUGGUCCAGCAGAGGCAACCAUCGAUUGUACAGUUCAUUGUAUCAACGUCACAAAUACUAUACAGAACAUUCCGAUCGGGUUACCACUUUGUAAUUAUCGAUGUAUGAUUAUGAAUGAAUAUUCACAAGAAUCAGUCAUCAAUCAAGAAGGUGAACUGUUUGUCGGUGGAGUGGGUGUAUUUGCUGGUUAUCUUGGACGUGAUGAUUUAACUGCAAAAGCUCUUGUUGAAAUAGAUGGUCAACUAUUUUAUCGAACAGGUGAUCUUGUUACAAUGGAUAACAAUGGUCUUCUUUAUUAUCAAGGAAGAAAAGAUCAUCAAAUCAAACUACAUGGACAAAGAAUUGAACUU